AUGGAUGGCGGUCGGCAGACUACAGCAAGGAGCAGCUGCAACAGCGACAAGGCAGCGAGACCUAUGAGCCCAACUGCUCAUGUAGAUGAAGAGGACGAGAAAUCGAUCAUCCGGCAGGAGAACGAUAAGCGCAGGGCCAAAGUGUGUCGCUUAUGUCAGAUCAAAAAGUGGUCUUUAACCGAGAAGAGAGUUCCAGAGAGAUUUUGUCAGAGUUUCGAAUACAAAAUCUUUAUAAUGGCGUCUCCUAUCAUGAAAUUGGUGGUCGACUCUAACCGCAAGCCCCUCGCCGCUCUUCGCACGAAAACAUUGUCCAAUCGCCUCAAGACAUGCAGUGCUUUCUCUUUUAGACUUCGAUAUGACAAUAUGUACAACCCGAUGUACAAUCUUGAUGUGAAGGAGGGUGUUGAAUCGACAAGCUAG